AUGGCCACUGCUACACGGAACAUUCUUCUUCAGUCGGUUGCCAAGGGAAAUACUUGGGACUGCACUUUGGAAUCGAAAGCCGCUGCUGUUAUCAAACAGUGUUUAACUGACAACGGAGGAGUUACUGAUGGAACUUUGAAAGUCAGUUUUCCAGUCACCGGAACUGCAACCCCUGAAGCCACCAUUCAACAGUUUCAAGCUGCUCUCCAAUUGGCGUCUAGCAAUUCGAAUAACAAGGCAGUGGGAGCAGAGUCCAUGGGAUGUUCCUAUGCAAAAUGCGAGCAAAGAGUUGACGUGCUUUGUCUAUAUAGAACACCCUUUUUUCUUUUCGGUUUCAUCUGUCACCUGGAAACCAAAUUGAUGAUCUGA